CAUUGGCCGGAAGCACCGCCCCGGAAGCGCGGGGUCGUUCCGGUGCGGACGCAGGUGGCGGAGCAUCGCCGAGGGAAUUAAUCCCAGGGAUCGCUGGCGCCUCGGGCAGAGAGGAGGAAGCCAUGGUGUGCAUUCCCUGCAUCGUGAUCCCUGUUCUGCUCUGGGUCUACAAGAAGUUUUUGGAGCCCUACAUCUACCCCGUGAUCGCGCCCUUCGUCAAGCGCAUCUGGCCCAAGAGGGCUGUGCAGGAGCCAGCAGACACCAGGCAGGGGCCAGGAGGCAGCGCCGGGGACCCUCAGGGACCUGCAGCGGCCAAAAGAGGCCAGGAGGAUGGAUCUGGAAUCCAUAAAUCUGAAAGCAAUGGCCUUGCAAAUGGAAGUGCUGCAAAAAGAUCCAUGGCAGUUUAUGACAAGAAAACGGCUUAAAGGAGUUAAUUCCCAAGGAUUUUAUUCCCUCAUGUCCAGUAUGAACUGCUGAUAUUCCUCUCACUUUGAGACUUAUUUCUUUGCACAUUUUAGCGGAAUAAAAAAAUUUAUUGCUUGCAGAAGAGUGUCUGUUUUGCCACUAAAAUGGCAGCUGGCUCAUUUGUUUAUUUAAAAUAUUUGAAAGCUGAAGUUCUUGUAUUUUUCUCGCUGGAACUACUUUGCAUCUACCGUCUGUUUGGUGUGAUUAGAGUUUAGGUUAAAUAACUUAAGAAUAAAUCUGUCUAUGGAAGGUAAAUGUAUCUUAGCAUCUUGGUGUCACUAAGUGCUAGUGCAGUACUUGAGGCUUUCACCUUAAAGGCUUUAUCUGUUCUUGGUGAAAAACUGUGGACUGCAUUGUGACAACAAAAGCUCAUCAUUUAUCUAUGAAGAAUUUAGAUUUUUCAUGUGAAAUCUACAGAUGAGCUAAAUGAGUUAGGCUACAUGCAAAAUUUACUUAGCUUACUAAAAGCAGUAAGUCUUGAUGUGAUAUUUUCCUUAAUUAUUUUCCUUGAAAUAUGAUGGCUCUUUUUUUUUUUUUUUUUUUUUUUUUUUUCUGAAGAGGAGCAGCAGAGGCAUGAUGCAAGAGAAUGUUGCUUUAUGUUCUGUUGUAGUGAUUUAAAAUGGUGCAGUUCUGGCUUUAAAAAAAAAAAACAACCAAAAACCAACAUCCAACUAAACCCUCUUUAACAUGCUUGUGGAAUUUUCAUUAUAAUAAACUAGGAUUUUACUUAAAAA